ACACACAUAACCUUACUUACAGUCGUACAUACUCUUUUAGUCUUUUUGUUGUUGGUAGUAGGACGUACUAUCGAUGGCUGAUAACGUGUUUGGCAUCACUGUGAGGUGGGGAAGUAGGCUAGAUAGGGCCCUCAAGGCCAUGGAGGAUACAAACGUAGGCGGAAAGCGUGAUCAGGCACUUGCCUAUGUCAAGGAACAAAAAAAGAAAUUUGGGGAUGGAGUUUCCACACUAUGUAUCUUUUAUAAUGCUACUGGUGAGAACUUGUUUUAUGUUGACGACAACUCCUCGUAUGGAAAAAUCUAUGACUCGUAUCCAGUUAUUGUUCACAAUGGGCAGUGGGGUGCGUUUCUGCAUAUUAAAAAGCCCGGCGAGGCAGCUGGCUCGGGUGCAUUUGUAGUAUAUAGUGGCAAGUACAAUAAUACAGAUUAUUGCAAGCAUCUAAUUGCUUGGGAUGUCCCUUGUGACCAAUUGACAGGUUACAACCACGCAUAUUGUGGGAUCUAUGAUGAAGACUUCGAAAUCAACACGGGCAGGGGCGGUAGGGAUGUGCACGGGUCUAGAACCGGCCCGACCCGGCUUGACCCGGGAACCGAAAGUGCAAGAAAAGUGGAACCGAGAAUCAGCCCGUUGACCUCCCGGGCGGGUCGGUUCGGUCCGGAUUUUAUCGGGUCGGGCUCGGGUUUAUAAGGGUGACCCGAAAAUGAAUUUCUAGCUAGGUGAAGAAAGUGAUGGUUGAUCUCUGUUUUGCUUCCGAAUUCAUAAAGCUGAUGCAUCAUUUAAAAUGAUGAAGAACUGACUUAUUAAUUGGGAUGUUGAUGCAAUGAAGAAAGAAAUUGAUUUGUCAA